UCGGACCUGGAUCCCACGGGUGCGCGCACACACAUACACACUCACACACACAUAAUUCAUACACGCGCGCGCGCGCAUUUCUUGCGUGCGGAUAUCAUCGCGCGAUUCCAGCGAGCGGCGGGACUAAACGCCGCUAUGAGUGAAUUGCGCCCGUAUUCAUCUUUGAUCGUUAUCCGUCGAUGAUACCAGAUAAACGCGCUGAUAAACCCGCAACGCACCCGCUCACUCGUCCGCGAAUGUCCGCGAGAUUCGCAGGUGAAUGUCAGCCGUCGGAAUGCUGAUUAUCGAGGGUGAACAGUGACACGUUCGAGUGACGAUCCGACUGAUUAAACGCGCGUCAAGUGCCGCGGGAUUACGAACGAGGGGUGACGACGACGACGACGACGACGACAACGACGAGUUGUCAGAAACGUGCUGAGACAGUGCGCGGACAAUAUUAGAGAACGGUACCGAAAACACAGCGGUGAAAGACAGUUGCGAGCGACGAGUAGUGACAGACCGCAACGAAGGCGACAGUAGUACAGGUCAGUUAGCGUCAGACGCGGUGCAGUGGUCGCGGACGGCGCGGCGGACCGUGACCAGACUCGGUGAUAAAGGCUCGCGGUGGCUGGACCGGCUGACGGGGCUUCGGUGGAUCAGCUGGUACCGCGAUACAAACAGCGAUAUGGUGGAUAUCAACGGCACGGCGCCUACCGAGUGUGGCACGCACCCGCGACAACGGCGAACAUGCGAGACCGCUUAAUCCACGCGCGUACGCGUAAUCGUCGCGCCUCGCCACCGACGAAGAUUCAAUUAAACUUCCCGCGAGGAAGGUCAAGUGCGUCAUGCGAGCGAUGGGGCUAUGAGAGGCCCGAGUUUUAAUUAAAACUCGCCCGGAUUCCUAUUAUCGCGCGCGCCUCGUAUUCGGGAUUAAUUAGCCGCGCCGGGAAACGAGAGUGGUGACGACGGUCGGGUGAAAAGGGUGAUAUCAAGAGGACGCGAGCGCCGGUGGCUCGUAUAUCGCGUCCGUAAUUUCGGUGCUACAGUUCGGUGCGACGUGUCGCGAGCUCCUCGAGCCCGCUCCCGUCGUCAUGGACGAGCUUUUUCUUCCGUCGCGCUGGCUCGCGUAGUGAUCGCGACGGUUUCAACGACGACACUUUCGCCCGUUCCGAAUGUUCUCUCGCGAGUGACGCGUCGUGCGAGCCGCCGUUUGGAAGCGAGGGACAAGCGGAGAAAGCGAGCGAGAGUGCGGGGAUUUUAUACCCGACGUGUUUCCGGCGACGAUGUCAAAGUAGGACGAUUCUCGGCGAUUAGCGACAGUUCGUUCUAACGCACGGAAGGCGCGUAUUAUGUGAGGAGAAAGCCGCGACGAGAGGGAAACGAAGAUGUCCGCCGUUAGCGUCGUCGCAUGGCUGCUCGGCGCCGUCGCUUUGGCUGCAAUUAAUGAUGUGCACUGCCACGGCGGCAGCGGCAAGAGCAGUGACACAUACAUCCAGAAUUCUCUGGAGGAUCCCGCACGGUCGGGGCCGUAUUUCGAUAAAUCGGCCUCGAAGAACGUGACCGCCUUGCUGGGAAAGACCACGUAUCUCAACUGCCGUGUCAAAAAUUUGGGGAACAAAACGAUGACGCUACAAGUAUCGUGGGUCCGGCACAGAGACGUCCAUUUGCUCACGAUCGGCCGUUACACAUAUACGAACGACCAGCGAUUUCGAGCGAUCCACAACGCCCACUCGGACGAUUGGACGCUCCAAAUCAAAUACCCGCAGCAUCGGGACAGCGGUAUCUACGAGUGCCAGGUCUCCACGACGCCGCACAUGAGUCAUCUAGUCCAUUUAAAUGUAAUCGAGCCAAAAACGGAGAUUCUGGGUGCGCCGGAUCUGUUCAUCAAUCGAGGUAGCACCAUCAAUCUCACGUGCGUCGUCCUGCAGAGCCCAGAGCCGCCCGCCUACAUUUUCUGGAAUCACAACGAUGCGAUAAUCAGCUACGACUCAACCAGAGGCGGCGUCUCCGUGGUCACGGAGAAGGGUGACAGCACGACGAGUUUCCUCCUGGUGCAAGAAGCGAAGCCGUCGGACUCGGGACGGUACACUUGUAACCCCAGUAAUGCUCAACCGAAAUCGAUCACCGUACACGUACUCAACGGAGAGUAUCCCGCGGCAAUGCAGCACGGCGGUCAGGCCAAGCAACCGAGGCUGUAUUCUCUUCUACUCUGCCUGUGUCUGCUACUUUACUAAUUGCCCCGUUCCAUCGCGCAUUUUCGAAGAGAGAAGUCGGAAGGCACUUUCGAGUGAGGAGGUGGAGGAGGUGGAGGAGGAGGAAGGAGGGGAAAAGAGUGAAGAGACGAGAGAGAGACUGAAAGAGAGAGGUAUUUCCGUCGCGAGUUGCCGUCGCGAACGUUGCCGAAGUGUCACGGAAGCCACGAGAAGAUACAUAUGCGCGACGAUGCGCAUCCGACGGGGACGCUUUUGACUGUGCACCGGAACGAUGAUUCUUUCGCAACGACGCGCCGUUUGUCGAUGCGGCAGAGCAACGACGACGCGCUUCCGGCAGGGCGCUGCAACGACGUAGUGUGACGAUGCUUUUAGCGGCGCCUCGUCGAUGAGGGCCACACGAUAUUCGGGAUUGCGAACACAUAUUGGUACACGUAAGAGAGCGCGUCACGGUUACGAAGUUCCGAUAUGUAACAGGCGUUGACGAACGGACACAGCUUAGUCGUGAAUAAUUUCAUAUAAUUUCGCGUUAUUGAUCGAAGGAAGACGAUGAAUACAUUUAUUCCAUCGGAUAUAAUUCAAUGAAACUUAACUCGAAGGACAAUGGAAAUAAACGUGAGAGAUGCGACGGAGAUACGAAAAUAUAUUCAAGGUGUUGCGGAAGUUGCGUAUUUUCGUGUGCUUUUCAUUUCUGUUAUUCUGAAAUUAUCCGGAGCUCAAAUUAAAAUCCUCUCGAAAUAAAGCAUAACGAUUUGCGAUUUAUUUGCACUUCGAGGAUCUCUACGAAUUGUGAUCUUUCGCAGUUUCGGAAACUCUCCAUCGAUUCUCUUCUCGGUGUGACUGCAAACAUCUUUGUUCGAGGAAAACGCGAGUCUUCUGCGACAUCUUGUUCACAUACACACGUAGCGGAAGCGUGAACGUGAAGCACGAAAGCGAAAAGAGGCCGGGAACGCGGGAAGAGCAGCGCACACAUCGCCGGCGCUCGCCUUUCUUCGCGAUUAAUUCGAAUAGACUCGGGACGUCUGCCGGGACUCGGACUUCCAGCUGGCAAAGCUGGACUGCGGGCGCAUCGAAGAGGAAUGCGAAUCGUUGCCGCACAGCCGCGGCUUUGACCGAGUCCGGUGUACGGUUCGAAAGCCGCGCACGACUACACUACCAUCGGUCACCAGCCAGUGUGUAUCACUGUACGCCGAUUCUUCCGCGGUGGCAUAGACAAAAGCCUUUUGUCGAUUCUCGUGUUCCAAUAUUGACGCCGCACUUCCGGCAAAAUCUCGAAUUUCCACGCCAAGAUCGAGAGGUAUUGCGGAGGAGGCGAUUAUCGCGCAAUCGGAUCACACGUCUUAACUCUUCCUUUUAUUUUCUCGCACAGGAUUGCGCGGCGAAUCUCGAAUUCAUUGUCAGGCGAACAAAACGAAAGUCAUUACGCCGAGCGAUUCUCGAGUCGGCGGUAGCGACUUGUUGAAUUAUCUCAAGGAUUUUGUAUUUCAACUAAGCGGAGUUAUCAAAAUUAAGAAAAUGUCGUUGCCUAAAGCGACGCAAUUGUUUAUGUGAAACAGAAACUGCAUACUAUGAAAUUCAAUAACAAUUACGAUUCUAUUCCGACAGUUGUUUUCACAAAGGGCGCGGAGACAAAGCGGGAUUCACGGUGUUUGACAAUAUUUGCAUUAAAUGCAAUCAUGUUAUCUGAUGCGUUUGAAAAAUUCGUGGAGGAACGGAAUUUUUUACAUUGCAAAGCGAAAUACAUUUAUGCGAUGAAUGCAUAAAAGAGAUUUUUCGAAAAAUAUUAAUAUUAAUAGAACUACAAUUGACAGCGGUGUUUCUAAAAAAAAUGUAGAAGUAAAAUUCAGUCAUCUUGCCAGGUUUCGAAACUUUGACUAGCGGACUGAUAUCUACGUCAUAAAGCAAAUUAAAUUUUGUAAAUGUACGCGGAACUUUUAUCUGAAUUAACAGAAAUAUGUUAUAAAAGCGUUCGUUAUAACAAAGCGUGGAAUGAAAGUAUUUAACAACAUGGAAUUAAAAUUAAAUCCUCUUAAUUAAUUCAAAUAUACGGAAUCUUUCGUAUUCUGCGCGGUUUUUCGCAUUUACGCAAUUUACCGAGCGCGGAAUUGUGCGUGUCGGCGAAAAUCGCGGGAUAUCUCAGCGAUAAAAAGUGAAAUUUAUUUUCCCCGCGCUUCCCUCGCGAAAGCAGUUCCGCGGUGAGCGAGGAUAAUGAAGAAGAGUCGGCCGUGCAAUCCGCGUGUACAGCGGGCACGCCAGCGCGAGAGUGACGCACGCCACGAGGAUAGCAACGGAAGCGUAUCGUCCUGAUCGAUCAAGCCCGGUGCGAAAAGCACGAGAACGCAUUCGGUUCAAUUAGCUCUCGGCAAUUUGCUCUUUUCUUCUACAACUACCCAUUCGUCUUUACCGGCCAGAGCAACCGGCAGCUUCAAGUAUAAUAUCGAAUUUCGCACGGCGCCUUCGGCACAACCUAUAACUCACGCGCUCGCGCUGUCCCAUUCGUUUCUUGCACGUACUUCACUUUUCAUCGAAACAUGCGAAAGACGCUACGCGAGUUUUCGCUGAUUACUUUCUCUUUACAUUUCUCGCGCUUCUAAAUUGUUUCGAAAUGCCGAGAAAAUAUUUGCAUAAUUUUUCAUACACAUCGGCUAAAGAAAGCUUCCGCGCAUCGUUUAUUUGAUAACAAACUGAUUUGUGCGAAAAAUGUCGAAAUAGAUCUAUUUUGUUUUCGAGAGAGAUUUACGAUUGUGAUAAAUUCUCUCGAUAAAAAAAUUGCCUUAUUUCGACAUUUUUCGCACAAAUCAGUCAGUUGCAAAAUAAAGUUUUUUUUAAC